CUUUCUCGCAAACGGCUUUAUUUGAGCAAGUGCUCUUUGCAAUAAAACUCUUGUUUUUCUUUGUCUGCUCAGAUCGCCUCCUCUCUAUCUUCUCUCCUGCAAAACCAAAAACCCUAAAAACCUCCGAUCCCGCCGGAAAAUAUACUCCAUCGAUGAUCCGUCCAAAGGCCCUUAUUCCCCCCGCAUUUCGAGCUGAGCAAUCCUCUGUCGAGACUGAAAGGGCUUUCCGACUUGUUUCCGUUGAUCAAUCACGGCUUUGAGAAAUACGAAAGAGAUAGGAGUGAAACAGCAAGGGUAAGAGAUGUAUAAGAACCAGCUGCAAGAGCUGGCGCAGAGAAGCUGCUUUAACCUUCCGUCGUAUACGUGUAUUAGGGAAGGUCCCGAUCACGCGCCCAGAUUCAAGGCAACUGUUAACUUUAAUGGUGAGAUCUUUGAGAGCCCUAACUAUUGCACGACGUUGAGGCAAGCGGAGCAUUCUGCAGCGGAGAUUGCGCUUAAUUCUCUUUCGAGCAGGGGACCGUCGCAUUCGCUGGCAGCGAGGAUCCUGGAUGAAACAGGCGUCUACAAGAACCUCUUGCAGGAGAUAGCACAGAGAGUUGGAGCAGCAUUGCCUCUAUAUACAACUUUCCGUUCAGGUCUUGGGCAUCUACCUGUCUUUACUGGCACUGUAGAGCUUGCUGGAAUCACAUUCACAGGGGAACCGGCUAAAAACAAGAAACAGGCUGAGAAGAAUGCAGCCAUGGCAGCAUGGCUGUCUCUGAAAAAAUUGGCACAGGAGUCUUUCAGCUCAUCAUCGGUAUCAGAGAAUAAUGAUGAACUGGAACAGAUUACCAUAGCGCGGGCACUUCUGAAUUACCGUCUGAAGGAAAAGAUGGCAAUGGGAAACUCAGCUGAUACUCCAUCCAUGUUUCUAAAGAAAUUCCCAUUGCAAAACCCAAGACCAUCAAGUCCACAGCCACCCCCUAUUACCACAUCAAAAAUUCUUCCCUUAAUCCGUCCAAAAUCAGCGCCACGGAGCAGACCUGUAUCCAUAGCAGCAAACGACGGUAAUCCACCAUCAUCAGCACCACAGAGCAGGCUUGUAUCCAUAGACAGCAUUCCACCAACAUCAGCCCCACAAAGUAGACCUAUAUCCACAGCAGCAAAUGACAGCACCCCACCAUCCCCACUUGCUCCACCUGAAAGCCACAUGGUCCGCCCCCAGAAAUUCCCUGCAGCAGGAGCAGCACCUUACAUUCCAUUCCGGCAUUUCAGGCCACCAUACCAUGGGAUUGCACCGCCAGUGACAAUAAGGACUGCCGUUCCGGUCUUCUCUGCUCCCCCACUUCCACCACCGUCUGCCACCUCAACCAGGCCUUCUUCAGUGAUUGGACCACCUAUACACGUUGCGCCACCUGUUCGAAUCAGACAAGCUGUCCCAGUAUUUGCUGCCCCACCUGUUCGGAAACAGGCAGAAGAGCGACCAGUUUUCAUGGUAUCACCCCCUGCAACAAGGCCAUCACCAGCUAAGGUUGAGGAAACUGCCAGCACAACAAGGAAUGACCUACAGGAAUCGGAGGCAGUGGAGGGACUAAAACAGCUUAAAAUCUGAUCCUGGUAGGAGAGGAUUUCAAUCCACCAAAAAACUAAUGACUAUUUUCAAUUUUGUACUGAUUUUUACAUUCUCUUUCCAUAUUUUAAAUGAGUGUCCCUUUCUUCCCCCUCUUUUCUGGUCUUCUGCACGACCUACAUUGUCUGGGUUGCGUUAGCACAAUUUAAAGGGAAGGAUUUGGAUGUAUGGUAACUGGUCACAAGUGAGAACGUUAUAAACUUGAAAAAUUAAAAAUGCUUUAGGAUUCUGGAAAACUUUUGAAUA